UCUCCGCCAUGUUAGUUUUUCCCGGUCAGGGCCUACUGAUCAGGCCGAUUUUCUGGUUUACACAUUGGCUCCGGGCGCAGCUGCCCCUUCGGGGCCCCGGCCUGUGACCGGUGGACAGGCCAAGGUUAGGUUGCGUGCAGACUCUAUGCAGAGUGGAGCCAUGCAUUAGGACUGCCAGACAUUGUUACACCACCAGUCAUGGGGGACAUGAAGACUCCAGACUUUGAUGAUCUCCUGGCUGCUUUCGAUAUUCCUGAUGCAACCAGCCUAGACCCCAAAGAAGCUAUCCAGUCUACAAGUGAUGAACCAGAAAACCACCUCAAACCACCAGGAAUGUGCUUGGAUGAAAACCUGUCCUUAAGUCAGCCUGUGCCAGCUCCCGAUGUUCCUGCAGUUAGUGUUAUUGUGAAAAAUACCAGCCGCCAGGAAUCUUUUGAAGCGACUGAGAAAGAGGGGAACCACAUGGGAUCAACUCUGCUACAAAAUGGCUUCCGUAGUCCAGAGGUGGGACCUGAGCCCCAUACUGUUGGACAAGGAUACGUCAAGUUUGAACCAGGUUUCAUUAAUGGGGACAAUUCAAGAGGUUAUGUUGACAAACUUGAGUCUCAUAAGCCAGAACCCUUGCCAACUUUUAACCAGUUUAGUCCCAUAUCCAGCCCUGAACCUGAGGACACUUCGAAAGAUAAUGGAGUCUUGAGCAAGCAAAAAGUAUCAGAGAGUCCAUAUUUCCCACAGCCCACUAUGUAUGUUCCUGUGGAGUCAUGUGUUGUGGAUUCAAUAAGGAAACCUGCAGAGACUGAGCUAAGCAUGUUUGAUGAAUACUGUAAGAAAGAGCAGAAACCAGACUGUAAGGAAUUGGAAAAAGAGAGAUCUGCUGAGCAAAGAAGAGAAACCGAGAAGGCCAACAGUUUGCUUGGAGAAUCUAUGUCCUUUAAAGAGGAGAACGAUAUUUCUGAAGAAAAGGUAUUUUCAGAGUCUACUGUAUGUUCCUCUGCUGUGCCUCCUCGGCAGCGUAUCAAGCCAGCGAAUUCUAAGCUAUCAUCUUGUGUGGCUGCUUUGGUUGCACUGCAGGCCAAAAAGGUUGCCAUGGUCCCCAAAGAAGAACCCUCAAGUGUUACUAAAGAAGCAGUUGUUCCAUUAAAAGACAGUGUUAAAGGUAGUCCCAAAAUGCCCAAGUCCCCUAAAAGUCCCAGAAGCCCACUAGAGGUGGUUAAGAAAAUUCUGAAACCACCUGACAGCCCUAUGAGCAUCUGCAGUGACACAAGCAGCAAAGGCUCACCUUCAGUCUGUGCUGGAUCUCCUCCUGCAAUUCCUAAAGUGCGUAUAAAGACCAUAAAGACUUCAUCUGGAGAGAUCAAAAGAACUGUAACCAGAAUUUUGCCUGAGGUUGAAACCGAUGAUAUGGUAAAAUCUCCAGAUGAUUUUCAGGCUGAGAACUCUUCUAGUGAGGACAUAAAAGGUUGUGUUCCCUUGGAAGACACAACUGACUUUGAAAAGGAAAAGGUGAGGAAUCCAGGGAAAACUGCAGCCCCUACAAGCAGCCAGGUACCCGGUGUGACCUCUUCCCAGGUCGUUAAUGCCAAAGCUGAUAAGAAAAAGGGAGCAACAACAUCAAAUCUUAACCCUAGUAGUGGAUCGGCUAAGACCUCAAACUCUUCACAAAACAAAAAACAAGCCCCACCUACAACCAAGACAACUUCCAACCCUACCACUCAGCUUCCCAAGGCAGUCCACCUUGCCAGUCUCAACUUGGUUCCAAAUAGUAUUACUACCCCUGUUGCUGCCAAAGCAACAUCAGCAAGGCAGACACAAGGGCAGGUGGCGCCUAUGACUGUACCAUUGGUACACCAAGUUAAAAUAUCUGCACCAGUCAUUGUCGAGGCAUUUAAUAAACUUUUGCAUAGCACCAAUCCUGUACCAACAUACACCCCAAAUCUGAACCCACCUCCUGAAUGUGAUAUCCACCUUCCAGCAACUGGCUUUACUUGCCUUGAGUGUGGUGAUUCAUUUGCAUUGGAAAAGAGCCUUGCUCAGCACCAUAGCAGGCGCAGUAUACAUAUAGAGGUUAUGUGCAGUCAGUGCUCCAAGACUGUUCAGUUCUACAACAAAUGCAGCUUGCUGAGCCAUGCCAGGGAGCACAAGACUAAGGGAUUGAUCAUGCAGUGCUCCCAACUAAUGAUGAAACCCAUUUCUUCUGAACAAAUGUUGGCACCAUCUCCAGUGGCUCUAGCACUUGCUGCUCAGCCUUUACCUGCCACUCAACGGACAGUAUCUUCAACAGUACCACCAGGUGUUGGGUCUGGGACUUCUUCUUAUGCCUCACCAGCCAUGCCUCUUUAUGCAGACCCAUAUGGACUGAUACGCCAUGGGUUCAAGUGUUUAGAAUGUGGCAAGCAGGUGGAUGAUUACACUUGUCUAGCAGGACACUAUCAAAGGGUUGCUGAAGAUAAAGAUGGACUGACCUGCCAGGUGUGCCAGAUGAUGCUCCCUAAUAAGUGCAGUUACGGGGCUCACCAGCGCACUCAUACACACAAGUCUCCGUAUUGCUGUCCAGAAUGUGGGGUGCUCUGUCGAUCAGCCUAUUUCCAGACCCACGUCAAAGAAAACUGUCUGCACUAUACACGCAAGGUGGCAUUUCGGUGCAUUCAUUGUGGAUUGGUGUUUAUGUCUCUUGGGUUGCUCAAAGGUCACAUUCAGGACAAGCAUUGUGAGGUCUUCCACAAGUGUUCUUUUUGCCCGAUGGCCUUCAAGAGCACAGAAAACACGGCUGCUCACAUCACUGCCCAGCAUCCCACUGCCACCCAUACGAAUGCACAGAUAAUCUAUAAGUGUUCUUGUGAGACAGUCUUCAAUAAGAAGAGGCUUCUGCACCAGCACUUCUAUCAGAACACCAAUACCCUGCUAGUGAAUGUGUUUAAGUGUCCUGAGUGCCAGCUGGCUUACAUGCAGAAACAGCUGCUAAUUCAGCAUCUCAAGAGUGUUCAUGGCCUUCCUAAAAUUCCUGAUGAAACUGCAGGCGUCCAGAAGAAGUCUGAUACUGCAAGAGAGAAAAACGACUCUACAUCAGCGAAGGCAGGAUCCAAGGGUGAUGGAGCGUCCUCCUCCAAGAAGGACACUGACUCUUCACAGUCUCAGCAGAAACUGAAGCUUUCAGGCUGGACCUGUGGAGAAUGCUCAGAGUGGAUUCUAGACCGAGAGACCUAUGUGUUCCACAUGAAGAAGAGUCAUGGCAAAUGUAUGAAGCGAUAUCCAUGCAGACAGUGCGAGCGCUCCUUUAACUCCUGCACCAGCUUAAGAAGACACGUACGGAACAAUCACGACACAAAAAAAGACUACACAUGCUGCUACUGCACAGAGAAGCCGAAGUUUGCCAAGCCGUCUUUGCUGGCCAAUCACAUCAUCCUAAUGCAUGGCAUUAAAAACCCUGAACUCACCCAAGUGACAAAGGGUGCUUUGGUGCCCUCCAACACAUCGGCACAGAGCAGUGAUAAGGAGCAGAUCACAGGCGUGAAGAGGACUGCUACAGAGGCUCUCGAGGAUUCCCAGGGAAAGAAACUAAAAACUCUGUAUAAAUGUGCAAAGUGUAGCUUUACUGCAAACAACAACACGGAAUUCUUAGAGCACAUACCUCAGCACAAGACUGACAACUCCACUUACCAGUGUGUGCACUGCGGUUUGUGUUAUACCUCCCAAAUCUCUCUAAACCGGCACCUCUUCAUCGUGCACAAGGUGAAGGAGGAGGAAGACGAGGAAGAGGACACUGAUCAGAGACAAGUAAACCCUGCUCCAGAAGCCCCCCAGCCUUCAAGCAUAAAGCAGGACCAUGGAGGCUCAUGGGAGUGUGUCCGGUGCAAUUUAACUUUUGACCUUGAGAGUGCACACGCUGCUCACCUCCGGACUCAUGAUGAUAUCCCAUCUAGCUGUGUAAAGCAGGAAUCCCAGUAGCCUGACGCUUAAUAGACUUAAGAUCAACUUUGGAAACAAAUGUUUAAAGACUAAAAGAGAGUUUAAAAUAUUUUUACUGAGAGAUUGGGAUGGGUAUUGAUUUAAAUUAAAAAAGAAAAAUGUGUAAAAAAAAAAAAAAUAAUACUAAGGUACUGUGUUUAUA